AAUAUUUAAUCUGCUAUAGAUUUCUUUCCUUCCAGGGAGUUUCUCCUCCCCUCACUCCCGCCCCCACAAGGACAGCCCCACGGCGCGAGCCUACAAGGAGCCCACACCCGCCAGCUGCUCUCCAAGAGCUGGGACAACAGACCGAGGGGAGCGGAGGGGAGCCGGCGAGGCAAAGGAGAAGCAGGCGGCCACAGUCAGGUGAGGAACGUGCUUGAAGAUGGUCUCGGUGGGGCUGCAGCUCGUGGGCUACAUUCUGGCGGGGCUGGGGCUGCUGGGCACCGUGAUCACCACACUCCUGCCCAGCUGGAAGAACAGCUCCUACAUCGGCGCCAGCAUUGUGACCGCCGUGGGCUUCACCCGGGGCCUGUGGAUGGAGUGUGCCAUCUUCAGCACUGGCAUCACCCAGUGCGACAUCUACAACUCCCUGCUGUCCCUACCCCCCGACAUCCAGGCGGCGCAGGCCCUGAUGGUGACGUCCUGCGCCGUCUCCUCGCUGGCCUGCAUCGUCUCCGUGAUGGGGAUGCGGUGCACUAUCUUCGCCCAGGGCUCCCCUGCCAAGGACAAGAUUGCUGUGGCCGGGGGGGCCAUCUUCAUCCUGGGGGGCGUGCUGUGCUUCAUCCCCCUGGUGUGGAACACCCACGUGGUGCUGCGGGACUUCUACAACCCGCUGCUCCCGGACAGCACCAAGUACGAGAUGGGCCCCGUUGGCGGCUGCACCCUCUGCCCCUCCUGCCCGCCACGGGAGACUGAGCCGGCCUACCCCAGCGCCUACCAGGCCAAGCUGCUGGCCAACCCCCGGCCGUCCAUCAGCCACACGCAAAAAACAAAGAGUGAGUUCAAUGCCUACAACCUGACGGGCUACGUCUAAGAGCCCCAAGGAGGGCCCAACUUCCCAGCAGGCCGUGGGACGGUACCUCAGCGGCCUUGGGGGCCACUGAGCAGGCCUGGGCGGGGGGCAGUCAGAGGCGGGGCCGGGCCCGGC